AUGAUCUUCACCCCGCCAACUUACCUUCCGGCUUUGCCUUCUGUUCCGCUCCACGAGCCGGUUGGGGAUUUUUGUCUGGCGAAAAAGGCAACAAUUGAUCAGGCAUGGACCCCGGACCAAAUCCGUGACCGUGUCGCGCAGGUCGCGGCUGGGUUGUGCCUGGCGUGGCAAUUGGUUCCCGGGCAAAAGUGGCAUAAAAUUGUCGCCAUCCUGGCUUCCAACAGUGUCGACACUCUGAUUCUCUCUUGGGCAAUCCAUCGCCUGGGCGGUGCUUGCCUCAUGAUGCAACCCACGAGCUCGGCGGAGGAGAUCGCUGGUCACUUUGAGCGGGUGCCGCCGUUCGCCAUAUUCGCAUCCCAGGAUCUGCUUCCUCUGGCCCAAGAGACGACUCAACGGAGCUCCCAAUCAGAACUGCCGCUCUACAAGCUUCCCCUGGCGGGGACCGCUCGAGAUCUGCCUCCGUUGGACCAAGGUCUUUGGGCGGCCAACGAAGCCACUCGACGUGUCGCGUACUACUGUACCACGAGCGGCACAUCGGGAUUGCAGCGUAUCGUGGCCAUCACGCACGAAAACCUCAUCGCUAGCAUCCUGCAGGCGUCGGAGUUUCUCACGACCACCCGAGAGGCCGGCUCCGAGGUCGCGCUUGGUUUCCUCCCGUUCAACCACAUCUACGGUCUGUGGACCGCGCAUGUGCUGAUGUAUCUUGGCGACUGUGUCAUUAUCCACCGUGGUUUUAACUUUAUGGAGAUCAUGACCUCGAUCGUCAAAUAUCGCAUCAAUACGCUUUAUCUGGUACCGCCUAUCAUUAACGCUCUGUCACGGAACGCAUCAACGCUGGCACACUUUGACUUGAGCUCGGUCCGUUCGAUCGUGUCGGGUGGCGGACCGCUCAAUAAAGAAGCUUUUGGCAAAAUGCAAGCGGCGUUGCCGCAUGUGCGAAUUCUCAGCGGUUGGGGGCUCACCGAAACCUGCGGUGUCGGGUCCCUGUCCUGCUUCAGCGACAUCUUCCCGGGCUCGAGUGGUAUCUUGCUUCCCGGCGUUCGCAUCCGCCUGCGAGACGAUGACGGCGGGGAGAUCGAGACGCUGGAGGCAAUGGGCGAGAUCGAGAUCGCUUCACCCAGUCUGGUGCGCGGGUACAUCGACUCGGCCAACGACGCGCUGCUCUCGCCCGCCGACAACGACCCCUGGUGGCCCACGGGUGACGUCGGGCUCUUCCGCACGGCCCCGAGCGGCGAGAACCAUCUGUUCAUCGUCGACCGCAUCCGCGACAUGAUCAAGGUCAAGGGUAAUCAAGUUGCCCCCGGCCAGAUCGAGGCGCACCUGCUUCAACACGCUACGGUCGCUGAGGCCGCCGUCAUCGGUGUUCCGGACGACAUCGCUGGCGAGCGCGCGCUGGCCUUUGUGGUCCUGGAGCCGUCGUAUGCCCCCGGCACGAGCGAGGCCGAGCUGCGCAAGGCCAUCCAGGAUCACAACGACCUGCAACUGCCGGAGAUCUGCCGGCUGCAGAACCGGAUCGUCUUCAUUGAGCAGCUACCGAAGAGUGCGAGCGGCAAAAUCCUGAAGCGAGAAUUGAGGAAGCAGGCCGCUUCGCCUGGGUUCCGCUUUCCUUCAACCUGA